AAGUAUGGGAAAUUUUAAUUCAUUAGAGAAGAGCAAUGGUUCGAUUGUAUAUGGUAAUUUUUCUACUGCCUAUUCUCCUUCUAAUCGAAAAUUCCUCAUGUAAAACUGCCCUUGGAAGGAUUGUAAACGGAAAAAUUGCAACAGCAGGAGAAUUCACAUAUCAGUUGUCCUUACGUCGUAAUAAUAAACACAUAUGUGGAGCUUCAGUCCUGAGUAACCAGUGGGCUAUAAGUGCAGCUCACUGCGUUGAGAAUAAACGGAGUUCCUAUUCAAUUAGAGCGGGAACGAAUAGAAGAUCUUCCGGUGGAACGAUAAUGAACGUGCAGGAAAUACUUAUUCAUCCUUUAUAUAAUUCGGACACAAUGAACUGCGAUGUGUCUCUUUUACGAACUCAGAAUAUCUUACGCGGUGAUUUCAUAGAGCCCAUAGUUUUGCCCAAACCUACCCAACCUGUUCCAUCAGAUUUGGCAGCUAUGGUAUCUGGAUGGGGACACACAGGUUCAUCAGAAGAAACCCUACCAGAGGAACUCAAGUAUGCUCAAGUUUACACAAUAGACCAGCAAGAAUGCACUGAAUUGCUCAGAAACUACGGGGUGGUAACAAAUGCAAUGUUCUGUGCAUCUGCAAGACUAGUUGACGCAUGUCAGGGAGACAGUGGUGGCCCACUUAAUUUGAAUGGAGUACUAAUUGGAGUAGUUUCCUGGGGAAUUGGAUGCGCUGAUCCUGACUUCCCAGGAGUUUAUACCAGACUGGCUUAUCCACCAGUUCGUAAUUGGAUACAAAUUACAACAAAUAUAUAAUUCAAAAUCAAGAGCAUGAUUUUAACAGUUAGUAUUUAUUUAUAACUUUGAGGAAUAGGUCAGACAUUUUAGCAGACCGCCAAAAAUAAAUAAAUUUUCUAGUUUGCUUAAAAA